UGUCAAAGUCAUGACGUAAUUAAAGUUGAUAACACCUUGCUACUAAACAUUUAUCGAGACAAUUUCAAUGUAAACACCUGUGAUCUUGGAGGCCAUUUAGAAAGGUUCACUGAAUCCACAAUUGAUGUCUCACAGUUUAAAACAAACUACAUGUACUGGAUUAUCAUGCAGAAUUUGGACCCAGACACAUUGAUAUAGUCAUGAUCAGACCAUUAAGAAAUCUGCGAAGACUGCUGCUUGGCACUGUGACGUUUGUUGUUCCGGUCACAGUCACAUUCAUAGACCUCGUCGGAUGUGUGGUAAAAGUCGAGGGAAUUUCAAUGCAGCCGGCCCUGAAUCCACUAGGCGAUGGCAGAUCGGCAGUAGAUUAUGUGUUCCUCAACCGUUGGGCAGCAAGUGCAUAUCACUUCCAAAGAGGAGAAAUUGUGUCACUAAGGAGUCCUUCCAACCCUGACCAGAAUCUAAUCAAAAGAAUUGUCGCCUUAGAAGGGGAUUUGGUGAGGACUCUUGCAUACAAGGAGGCAGUCGUCCACGUCCCUUCAGGCCACUGCUGGGUGGAGGGAGACCAUCACAAGAACAGCAUGGACAGCAACUUCUUCGGUCCGGUGUCCCUGGGCCUCAUCAGUGCCAAGGCCUCCCACAUAGUGUGGCCUCCGUCUCGGUGGCAGAGGCUGAGGGUCCAGGCCUCCGAGGAUCACCGCGUCAAUUCUCUUGAUACCUUUCUGGAAUGCUGAUGAUGUCCCGAGUACUAGUUAUAUAUCAAUACUUUCCAUGAUUGUCAGUUGAAAUGUGAAGGAUGGAAAAGUCAUCUUUAUCCAGUAUGUGUUCAUUAGUUGAUAUUAAGAAUCAGUACAGAAGUGUCAGUGUGUUAGUCUUGUGUGAGUGAGAAUAGAUCGUAUACUUUGUGAUAAAAUAUUGUACAUCUUCCAGAUCAGGAGUGAGUGGUAUAUAUAUGAUACAGUCAAUGUGUAAAAUCAGUCAAUUUGCAAAAUGUCAAUUUUCACUCAGACAAUUUACAAAAUGCCUCAUUUUUAAUAACGAAUUCCAUACAUUUUUAUUUUGAAUUUCAUCUCCCAGUGACUGAAAAUGGUAGGAUUAAAAGGAAAUGAAAGUCAAUGUAUAUGUUAUAUAUUUAAGCCCUUUUUAUCUUAAUAGUUUUUUGUAAAACGACUGAAAUACUUUGUCAUUUUUUAAAUGGCCUAAGGGGAUCACAUUUUUCACAUCAACUGAUUGUACACAAUAAUUGUAACGUAUAUAUAUGACAUUAUUGUCUGACAUUUCACCUUCAACCACAGCUGAAUAUGUCCUUGAUAAUCUAUGUUACAGAACCGUAGAUUUAAACUGCUGUCAGCAUUAUAUGUUCCACACACAACCCUAGGGAACCCCUCAGUACUGUAUGUUCCAAACACAACCCUGGGGAAGCCCUCAGUACUGUAUGUUCCACACACAACCCUGGGGAACUGCUGGCUUUGAAAGUCAGCCCUGUACGUUCCACACACAACCCUGGGGAACCCCUCAGUACUGUAUGUUCCACACACAACCCUGGGGAAGCCCUCAGUACUGUAUGUUCCACACACAACCCCUAGGGAAGCCCUCAGUACUGUAUGUUCCACACACAACCCCUAAGGAAGCCCUCAGUACACUGUAUGUUCCACACACAAUCCUGGGGAAACCCUCAGUACUGUAUGUUCCACACACAACCCUGGGGAAACCCUCAGUACUGUAUGUUCCACACACAACCCCUAGAGAAGCCCUCAGUACUGUAUGUUCCACACACAACCCUGGGGAAGCCCUCAGUACUGUAUGUUCCACACACAACCCCUAGAGAAGCCCUCAGUACUGUAUGUUCCACACACAAUCCUGGGGAAACCCUCAGUACUGUAUGUUCCACACACAACCCCUAGAGAAGCCCUCAGUACUGUAUGUUCCACACACAACCCUGGGGAAGCCCUCAGUACUGUAUGUUCCACACACAACCCCUAGAGAAGCCCUCAGUACUGUAUGUUCCACACACAAUCCUGGGGAAACCCUCAGUACUGUAUGUUCCACACACAACCCCUAGAGAAGCCCUCAGUACUGUAUGUUCCACACACAACCCUGGGGAACCCCUCAGUACUGUAUGUUCCACACACAACCCUGGGGAAGCCCUCAGUACUGUAUGUUCCACACACAACCCCUAGGGAAGCCCUCAGUACUGUAUGUUCCACACACAACCCCUAAGGAAUCCCUCAGUACACUGUAUGUUCCACACACAACCCCUAGGGAAGCCCUCAGUACUGUAUGUUCCACACACAACCCUGGGGAACCCCUCAGUACUGUAUGUUCCACACACAACCCUGGGGAACCCCUCAGUACUGUAUGUUCCACACACAACCCUGGGGAAGCCCUCAGUACUGUGUGUUCCACACACAACCCUGGGGAAGCCCUCAGUACUGUAUGUUCCACACACAACCCUGGGGAAGCCCUCAGUACUGUAUGUUCCACACACAACCCUGGGGAAGCCCUCAGUACUGUAUGUUCCACACACAACCCUGGGGAAGCCCUCAGUACUGUAUGUUCCACACACAACCCUGGGGAAGCCCUCAGUACUGUAUGUUCCACACACAACCCUGGGGAACUGCUGGCUUUGAAAGUCAGCCCUGUAUGUUCCACACACAAUCCUGGGGAACUGCUGUUCUUGAAAGUCAGUACCGGAACUUUAAAUGCAAUCAAACAAACUGUCAUUGCCAAAAUUUGUCACUGUAACAUCAUGGUCAGUACAUAGUAAAGUCAGAUUAUCCACUCUUGGGAUUGUUUCUAGUCUUGUCAUGAACGAUGCACACAGCAAGGCGAGGUGCCGCACUUGCACAACUCAGGACUGUUGUUUAACUCCAUUUCUUAAGCAAAUGUAUUACCAAUAUUAUGCAUGUAGGCAAGAAUCAGACUUCAGAUCAUUUAUCAAAGAUACAGCAGUACUGCAUUUCCUAUUUAUCAAAGUAAAUCAACUUUAAUUUUGUGACAGGUCACCUUUUGAUUAGCUCUGUAAUAUUCUUUAACUAUAGCAUCACUGCAUUGUAGCCUCUUUACAUGGCAUCAAUAUUCCAGCUGUAUGAAUCUGGACCAAACAAUCCAGUGAUUGACAUCACGAGCAUCGAUCCACACAAUUGAGAUGCGAUGACACUCAAUCAACCAAGUCAGUGAGCCUGACCACCCAAUCCUUUUAGUCGCCUCUUACCAUAAGCAUCUAUGCUGCUGGAGACCUAUAUUCUUAUUCUCAUGUAGCUGGAAUAUUGCUGAGUUCGAUGUUCGACAAAACCUAAGAUCAACCCAUCUUUGAAUAAGCCAAGUACUCUUGGCCCAGUCGUCAAAUGUCCUUGAAUUCCCUUACAGUUCUAUCCUUUCGGUGACAUGAAGCUUACCACCAAUUUUAUAUUUUAUUACAUCUGUUAAUCCUGAGGAAAUUUACUGUGAAUAUUGUAAAUAAAACAUUGUUGAUGAUUA